AUGUCUACGUUACCUGAAGGUUGGGUAUCUCGAAUCAGCUCUAGUAGUGGAAAACCAUACUAUGUUAAUACAGUUACAAAUGAGUCACAAUGGGAAUAUCCUCAGCAUCCAGUCAUAUCCACAAAUAAAGUUCGAUGCUUACAUUUACUAGUGAAGCAUAAUGAAUCUCGACGUCCCUCAUCUUGGAAACAACAGAAUAUCACUCGAUCUAAAGAUGAAGCCUUAGAUUUAAUAAAAAAAUACAAACAACAAAUUGAAGCUGGUGAAUAUACAUUUGAAGAACUUGCUCGAACUGAAAGCGAUUGCAGUUCAGCUCAUUCUGGUGGUGAUUUAAAUUUCUUUAGUCGUGGUCAAAUGCAAAAACCAUUUGAAGAUGCUGCAUUUAAAUUAGAAAUUGGUGAAAUGUGUGGUCCUGUAUAUACAGAUUCUGGAAUUCAUUUAAUCAAACGAAUUGCAUAA